GAAGGAAACCAACAUGAAGAAUCAACAUCAACUACAGAUGAAGAGAACGGAGAUCAGAGGAAGAUAAGAGACAGAAGUCAUGUCCAAAGUGUGGACAGCUCUCACGUGUCAGAAAGUCAGUGGAACUCUGAUGCUAGAAAAAUCUCCAAGACUGCAAGUUUGGGAAAGAAAGACAAACGAUCUCCAAGAGGAAAUGGUCUGUCCUUUAUAAAGUCUGUUAAAAGAACAGGAAAUGCGCCCAGUGUAUUAGUCCAUAUGGGAACCGAGUCUGAUAAAAGACCUUAUGUGUGUGAAGAAUGUGGCAAAGGUUUUACUUGCAUAUCUAAUCUCAAAAGACACAUGACAACUCAUACAGGAGAGAAGCCUUUUCCUUGUGACGUAUGUGGUAUAGGUUUUAGUCAGAUAUCUAGUCUCAAUGCACAUAAAAGAACUCAUACAGGAGAGAGGCCCUUUUCUUGUAAAAUAUGUGACACAAGUUUCAGUAUUAAAUCCAGUCUCAAAAGACACAUAAGAACUCAUACAGGGGAAAAGCCUUUUUCUUGUAAAGUUUGUGAUACAAGUUUUAGUUGUGUAUCUAAUCUCAAAACACACAUGAGAACUCAUACAGGAGAUAAGCCUUUUUCUUGUAAGGUAUGUGGUACAGGUUUUAGUCAGAUGUCUAGUCUCAAUGCACACAUAAGAACUCAUACAGGAGAGAGGCCCUUUUCUUGUAAAAUAUGUGACACAAGUUUCAGUAUUAAAUCCAGUCUCAAAAGACACAUAAGAACUCAUACAGGGGAAAAGCCUUUUUCUUGUAAAGUUUGUGAUACAAGUUUUAGUUGUGUAUCUAAUCUCAAAACACACAUGAGAACUCAUACAGGAGAUAAGCCUUUUUCUUGUAAGGUAUGUGGUACAGGUUUUAGUCAGAUGUCUAGUCUCAAUGCACACAUAAGAACUCAUACAGGAGAGAGGCCCUUUUCUUGUAAAAUAUGUGAUACAAGUUUUAGUCAAAAAUCUAUUCUCGAUUCACACAUGAGAACUCACACAGGAGACAGGCCUUUUUCUUGUAAAGUAUGCAAAAAGAGUUUUAGUCAAAAGUCUAGUCUCAAUGCACACAGAAGAACUCAUACAGGAGAGAGGCCCUUUACUUGUAAAAUAUGUAAUAGACGUUUUAGUCAUAAAUGUAGUCUCAAAUCACAUGAGAACUUACACAGGAGAGAAGACUUUUUCUUGUAAAGUAUGUCAUACAAAUUUUAGUCAAAUACUUAUCUCAAAACAUGCAUGAAAACACAUACAUAAGAGAAGGAUUUUUCAAAGGAUGUGAUACAAAUUUUAGUCAAAAAUCUAAUCUAAAUAAAAAUAAAAA